AUGGAGAGCCUGCUGGAGAACCCGGUGCGCGCCGUGCUCUACCUCAAGGAGCUCACGGCCAUCGUGCAGAACCAGCAAAGCCUCAUCCAUACCCAGCGCCAGCGCAUCGAUGAGCUGGAGCGGCGUCUAGACGAGCUGAGCGCGGAGAACCGCAGCCUGUGGGAACACCAGCAGCUGCUGCAAGCCCAGCCUCCGCCUGGGCUGCUUCCCCCGCCGUCUGCCCCGCUGCCUGCUCCUGCAGCCGCUGCGGCCCAGGACCCGCUUCAGGACCACGGACAGCUCAUACCCGCCGCGCCGGAGCCGCCGCUUCAGCACCACGGACAGCUCCUGGCGCAGCCCCAGCCGGCACCCAGCGGCCGGGUUCAGACUCCCCAGUCGCCCCACCAGCACCCGGUGGCAUCCGGGGCCGUAGCUGACAAGGAGAAGGAGCGUCCCUCGAGUUGUUGUGCUGCCGCGGGAGCCCUGCUUCAGCACGCAUCCCCCGCCGCCCUCGGCAAGGGCGUCCUGAGCAGGAGACCCGAGAAUGAGACCGUGCUGCACCAAUUCUGCUGCCCCGCCGCUGACACCGAGCAGAAGCCUGCCUGCUCCGACCUGGCUUCCCAAAGUGAUGGCUCCUGUGCCCAGGCCGGUGGGGGCAUGGAGGACUCCGUGGUGGCAGCGGUGGCAGCCGGCAGACCCAGUGCCCAUGCCCCGAAGGCUCAAGCCCCGGAGCUACAGCAGGAGGAGGAGCGGCCAGGGGCGGUGGGCUCCCCACGGGCUGGCCCCCUCCGCGCGGCCUCCCCUGGCCAGCAGCAGCCUGCCCUGGCGACGGCGCUCUGCUCCCACACUCCUGCUGCCUCCGAGUACGAACUCUCCCUUGACCUAAAGAAUAAACAGAUUGAAAUGCUAGAACACAAAUACGGGGGCCACCUGGUAUCCCGCCGCGCCGCGUGCACCAUCCAAACCGCUUUUCGCCAGUACCAGCUCAGCAAGAACUUUGAGAAGAUCCGUAACUCGCUCCUGGAGAGCCGCCUGCCUCGGCGGAUCUCGCUGCGCAAGGUGAGGGCUCCCACAGCAGAGAGCCUGGUGGCAGAGAAGGCGCUCCUGGAGGGCUGUGGGCUCCUGGGGCUCCCGCUGGGGCGCUCGCCCUCGCUGCCGCCCACCUUCGCUGGCUCGCUCACCGAGCUGGAGGACUCCUUUACCGAGCAGGUGCAGUCCCUGGCCAAGUCCAUAGACGACGCCCUCAGUACCUGGAGCCUCAAGACGAUGUGCUCGCUGCAGGAGAGUGGCGCGUACCAGCUCCACCAGGCACUGCACCCGAGUGCGGGACAGCCAGGCCUGGAGAGCGAGGCGGCGCGGGAGCCGGAGAGUGGCCCAGGGUCUGGAGACGAGGCCAGUGGCCUGCCACAGGGUCACAGCGGUACCCUCAUGAUGGCUUUCCGGGACGUCACGGUGCAGAUCGCUAACCAGAACAUCUCUGUUUCCUCCUCCACCGCCCUGUCUGUGGCCAACUGUCUGGGCGCACAGACUGCCCAGGCCACAGCCGAGCCUGCGGCCGCCCAAACCGAACAAGGGGACACUACCGCGGCUCAGGAGGUCUCGGAAGUCCCGGUCUCGGAAGUCCCAGCCUCGGAACAGAUAAACCCACCCAGUGAGAACUCAGAGGCUGCGGAGAGCCGCGCCCCGAGCGCACCUGAACCCACGGUGGCCGAGACCGUGGUGGAGGAAGCAGUGGCUACGGAGGUGGAGGAGGAAGAGGAAGGGUCCAGGCAGGCAGGGAAAGGGGAGGAGGCCGAGGGAGGCGACAACUCUGAGCAGCUGAGCUGCAGCAGCACUUCCACCAAGUCGGCCAAAUCUGCCUCAGAGGUGUCAGCCGCCGCCUCCAAGGAGGCCCUGCAGGCGGUGAUCCUGAGCUUGCCACGCUACCACUGCGAGAACCCAGCCAGCUGCAGGUCCCCGACGCUCUCCACGGACACCCUGCGCAAGCGGCUGUACCGUAUCGGCCUCAACCUCUUCAACAUAAACCCGGACAAGGGCAUCCAGUUCCUGAUCUCGCGUGGCUUCAUCCCUGACACCCCCAUCGGUGUAGCCCACUUCCUCCUCCAGCGGAAAGGCCUCAGCCGCCAGAUGAUAGGAGAGUUCCUAGGCAACAGCAAGAAGCAGUUCAACCGGGACGUGCUGGACUGUGUGGUAGAUGAAAUGGACUUUUCCAAUAUGGAGCUGGACGAAGCCCUGAGGAAGUUUCAAGCGCACAUCCGCGUGCAGGGGGAAGCCCAGAAGGUAGAGCGGCUCAUAGAAGCUUUCAGCCAGCGCUACUGCAUGUGCAACCCUGAGGUAGUGCAACAGUUCCACAACCCAGACACCAUCUUCAUCCUGGCCUUCGCCAUCAUCCUGCUCAACACCGACAUGUACAGCCCCAACAUCAAGCCUGACCGGAAGAUGAUGCUAGAAGACUUUAUCCGGAACCUCCGAGGUGUGGAUGACGGCGCGGACAUCCCCAGAGAGCUGGUGGUAGGCAUCUAUGAAAGGAUCCAGCAGAAGGAGCUCAAAUCCAAUGAGGACCACGUCACCUAUGUCACCAAGGUGGAGAAGUCCAUCGUGGGCAUGAAGACGGUGCUGUCCAUGCCACACCGCCGCCUGGUCUGCUGUAGCCGGCUCUUCGAGGUGACUGAUGUGAACAAGCUACAGAAACAAGCCGCGCACCAGAGAGAAGUGUUCCUCUUCAAUGACCUGCUGGUGAUUCUCAAGCUGUGCCCAAAGAAGAAGAGCUCCUUCACAUACACCUUCUGCAAGGCGGUCGGCCUCCUGGGCAUGCGCUUUCACCUCUUCGAGAACGAGUAUUACUCCCACGGCAUCACCCUGGCAACUCCGCUCUCGGGCUCCGAGAAGAAGCAGGUGCUGCACUUCUGCGCCCUGGGCUCCGACGAGAUGCAAAAGUUCGUGGAAGACCUGAAGGAGUCCAUCGCUGAGGUGACGGAGCUGGAACAGAUUCGGAUAGAAUGGGAGCUGGAGAAGCAGCAGGGAACAAAGACGCUCUCUGUAAGGUCUGCUGGAGCCCAGGGGGACCCACAGUCGAAGCAAGGAUCACCCACAGCCAAGAGGGAAGCGAUGGCAGGAGAGAGAGCGGCAGAGAGCUCGGGGGAGGUGUCAAUUCACAACAGGCUUCAAACGUCCCAGCACAGCCCCAAGUUGGGGGUCGAGAGGGGAGCGCCAGCACCAUCACCACCAACAUCACCACCGCUGUUGCCGCCAGACCCACAGCCUAGCCCCCUGAGGGAGCAGCCCCCACCGCUGCCACUGCCACCACCCACACCCCCAGGCACCCUGGUGCAGUGCCAACAAAUUGUCAAGGUCAUUGUCCUGGACAAACCCUGCUUGGCCCGCAUGGAGCCCCUGCUGAGCCAGGCUCUGUCCUGCUAUGCCUCGUCCUCCUCAGACUCCUGUGGCUCCACACCCUUGCGUGGUCCAGGCUCCCCAGUUAAGGUCAUCCACCAGCCUCCACUGCCCCCGCCCCCACCCCCAUACAACCACCCUCAUCAGUUCUGCCCCCCAGGCUCUAUGCUGCUCCGACGCCGCUACUCCAGCGGCUCCAGGAGCCUGGUGUAA